AUGGCGGACUUGGGACACGACCGAAAUUAUCGGCCAAAUACAUACGGGCAGGCGCCGAAUCCGACGCGCGAUGCUGCCUUUUCUGAUAUUUUUGGUUCACCAGCACAUGCCGCCGGCCGAUCUCAGACGAUGACUUCACAAACCGCUCCCUUCCCGAAUGAGCGAUCGCGUACGAUGACCUCUCAUAUUCCCCCGCCCUCGAUGCAUAUGCAGCAAAGAGGACCACCACAUCCAGGAGCAGGUAUGCGGCAUCUGUCCAAUGGCUAUGGGAGCCAGCAAAUCCCCAAUGGAAAUGUCGCACAGCAACCUCACCAGAAUUAUCCUCGACCAUUCCCACGGGGCUCCCCAUAUCCUGGACCUGUCCGUGUAGGCUCUGGACCGAAUCCUCAUUAUCCCAAUCCAAAUUUUCCUAUUCCACAGGGUCGUCCAGGUUUUUCUCCAGCUUUAAAUUCGUAUCCAGACCGCACUCGGUCAAUGGCUAAUCUUCCAAUGAGGCCUCCUCCCCAGCAAACAUAUUCACAGCCUCCGGUAACUCGCGACAAUCACUAUAAUUCUAUUGCGAGAACACCGCAGGGACGUCCCGUACCUGAGAAACAUGAGGAUCCCCGGACAAUGUCUCUCAGCUCAUACUCAUCUUCUCGUGAUCACGCCCAAACAGCCUACGGCCGGCCUGUACCUACAAGACCGUCAAGGCCACCUUCUGGACCCGAUCAUAUACCAUCUCAACUGCUUCCUGCUGGACCACAAGUACAAUCGCAAACGCAAACACAGGCCCAAGGUCAAGCUUUCCCAGAACAACAAGGACAAAGUGACGGUAACUAUCAUCAUCUACGCCGUCCGAGCGACGCGUCUAUGACCGUAAGAACUAUGUCGAUGGCUUCUACUCUCAUUUCCGAUCGGACAAUGAGCCUCCAAAGUCAACCCAUGCAGAAGCAAACCACUCAGUCCACAAAUACAACAGCAGUUGCACCACCUCGCAAAUUAAAGCCAUUGGUUUAUCCCGCUCUACUCUCACGUGUCGCCGAUGUUUUCCGCGAAAGGAUGCCUCUGGGGGAAUACCAGAAGAACGGGCUUUCAUACCAGAAUGCAUUUUCGGGAUCAAAAGCAGUGGAUCUGAUCGCUCACAUUAUUAGAACACCAGAUCGCAAUCUUGCAUUGCUGCUUGGUCGUGCACUGGAUGCACAGAAGUUCUUCCAUGAUGUGACAUACGAUCACCGUCUCCGAGACUCUGCUGUUGAGAUUUAUCAAUUCAAGGAAACAGUGACUGAAGAUUCACCCACCUCGGACGUGAAUGGAGUGUUCACACUACUCACAGAAUGCUAUUCUCCAACUUGUACACGGGAUAACCUUUGUUAUUCGAUUGCUUGUCCUAGACGACUUGAACAACAAGCUCGCCUCAAUCUCAAACCUCAGCCUGGUUUACGACAUUCGUCUUCCAAAAGUAGUCUUCACGCCGAUGAUGAUAAUGACAACCAGAAGCUUUGGAUCAACAUGGUUCCCAAGGAAGUUUCCGACACGCUUGAAGAUCGGGAGAAGAAGCGACAGGAAAUCAUUUUUGAGAUCAUGUAUACGGAAAGAGAUUUCGUCAAAGACUUGGAGUAUCUUCGAGACUUUUGGAUGCGGCCACUUCGUUCAGCAGGUAAUACUAGCUUAUCUCCAAUUCCCGAGCAUCGACGAGAAAAGUUUAUCCGGACGGUGUUCGGAAACUGCCUGGAGGUGCUGAAAGUCAAUUCUGCUCUUUGCGAAGCACUCAACGCUAGACAAAAAGAAAACCAUGUUGUCCAUACCGUUGGUGAUAUCUUUUUGCAGCACGUCCCUCGUUUUGAUCCAUUCAUUAAAUACGGUGCCAAUCAGCUCUACGGAAAGUAUGAAUUUGAAAAAGAAAAAGCUUCAAAUCCUGCAUUCGCUCGUUUUGUCGAAGAAACCGAACGCUUGAAAGAGUCGCGCAAGUUAGAGUUAAAUGGCUACCUCACGAAACCUACGACUCGUCUUGCUCGAUACCCUCUACUCCUUGAGCAAGUGGCCAAGAAUACCGCCGACGAUAACCCAGACAAACAGGACAUCCCCAAAGCAAUCGGGUUGAUCAAAGACUUUCUUUCCAGAGUCAAUACUGAGAGUGGCAAAGCGGAGAAUCACUUCAACUUGGUUCAGCUCAAUGCAGCCUUGAAAUUCAACCCAGGAGAUUAUGUCGAUCUGAAACUCACCGAAGAAAAUCGACAAAUGCUUACAAAAAUGGGAUUCAAGAAAGGGCCAACUGACAGUUCUGAAGUUACUGCAUAUCUCUUCGACCAUGCCGUACUGCUUGUGCGGAUCAAAUUGAUCAACAAGCGCGAAGAAUAUCGAGUAUACAAGAAGCCAAUUCCUCUGGAAUUGUUGGUUAUUGCGCAAAUGGACGAGGUCAUUCCUAGGCUUGGCCUAGCAAAAAGAUCAUCAUCCAGUCUCAUUCCUGGAAAAGUCAUUCCCAACAACGCUCCCAUACCGAAAGAAGGACUGCCAAUUACCUUCAGACAUCUUGGAAAGGGCGGUUAUGAUUUGACUUUAUAUGCCACAUCGCCAACGCAGAGGAAGAAGUUCAUUGAAAUGGUUGAAGAACAGCAGAGGAAGCUACGGGAGCGCAAUAGCAACUUCUACUCCAAGACUAUCCUCUGUGAAAACUUCUUCACAACAGCUAAUAGGGUCAAUUGCUUGGUGCCGAUAGACGGUGGAAGGAAACUCGUUAUUGGUACCGAUGAUGGUAUCUAUCUAGCUGAGAGAUGGCCCAAAGACAAGAAUGCGAAGCCAAGACGCAUAUUAGACGCCACUGCAGUCACGCAGAUUGAUACGCUAGAAGAAUAUCAAUUAGUUUUGGUCCUUGCCAAUAAGACUCUUAGCUCAUAUCCGAUGGAAGCUUUAGAUGUCAACGAAGGUCAAAAUCCUCUUGCGCGGCGGCCAAAGAAGAUUCAGGGACACGCCAAUUUCUUCAAAGUUGGUAUCGGACUAGGACGACAUCUGGUGUGCUCUGUCAAGACCUCUGCGCUAUCGACUACCAUUAAAGUCUUUGAGCCUAUGGAGAACUUAGCAAGGGGAGGCCGAAAACCGGCAUUGGGUAAGAUGUUCAGGGGAGGACAAGAAGCGUUGAAACCAUUCAAAGAAUACUAUAUCCCAGCGGAGUCUUCUUCUGUACAUUUCUUACGAAAAACUUUGUGUGUUGGCUGUGCCAGAGGCUUUGAGGUAGUCAGUCUCGAAACCACAGAAAGCCAGUCACUUCUCGACCAAGCGGAUACUUCCUUGGAUUUCGUGGCGCGAAAAGAAAACGUCAAACCCAUUCACGUUGAGCGAAUGAAUGGAGAAUUCCUUCUGAACUAUAGUGAUUUCUCGUUCUUUGUGAAUCGGAAUGGAUGGCGAGCACGACCAGAUUGGUUAAUUUCUUGGGAAGGCACACCGAAUGCCUUUGCCUUAUCAUAUCCAUACAUUUUAGCAUUUGAACCGAAUUUUAUCGAGAUUCGACAUAUCGAGACGAGUGAGCUUAUUCAUAUUAUGACCGGGAAGAAUAUUCGAAUGUUACAUUCAUCGACACGAGAGAUUCUGUAUGCUUACGAGGACGAGGAAGGCGAGGAUGUGGUGGCUAGUUUGGAUUUUUGGAGCAAGGCCACAGUAAAAUGAAGCGAAACAUGUGAAUAAGAUGACAGAAAAUGGUUUCAUAUUGUAUCAAAAUCAUUGGGCAAAUCAGUAUAUCCGAUGCCUCGAGCACUCUGUACCCGUUUAUACUUGUGAG